AUGGCUCCAAAGAUUAAUCCUCGUGCGACCAAAUCGAUACAUUCACGGGCAGCACCGAAUCCAGCGAUGGUUUGGGAGAACCGGAUCCGAGCGGCAUCGGUGGCCACUUACCACCUCCUGCGUCGACCUUCUCCAGGCGACGAACUGAGUCUCGCCGAGCGAGGGCAAAUCGACCACGACAGCGCCUUCCGCGCGAUAUUGAUGCCCGAGUCUCUCUCGAUCGACAGCCAGCAUAGCAGCCACACGAAUGAUGACAUUCGCCCCGUUCAUCACCCCAAAUACAUCAACGACCACGAGUCUGUUGUAAGAAACCAUGGCAGCAUUGCACCUGGUAACAAUGAUGAGCAUUAUGCCACCAAUGACGAGGUCGGUGUCGGACAUCCAACGAGCAUCAACUUCCACAUCCAAGACCUUCUGGGACUCGGAGCCGCACUUGAAGUAAUUCACGGCGAGGAAAUAUCAGCGUCCAUUGAAGAGGCGGAUCUUGGGGUCGAAGAUAACCCUUCACAUAAUAAGAAGAGUGGUCCCAUCAAUGAUGAUGACGAUCCAUGA